UUGCCAUUCUCACAAAACGAGCCACAGGUACAACGACGAACGCGGUUGCAUUACAUUAUUAUUAUUAUUACUAUUAAAUUAAUUUCCCGCUCUGUGGGUAUGCAAUUAAAACCCAAAGUUGAGCCCGUUCAGCAAUCUUGAAUUGAGUCACUGAAAAAUUCACCGGAGUCCACAAUAAACCAUCUGUAAGAUGGACCAAAUGCUAAGCCCCAACUUCUCGAUUCCGAGCAUCGGAACGCCGCUCCACCAGAUGGAAGCGGACCAGCAGAUAGUGGCCAAUCCUGUGUACCAUCCUCCGGCUGUAUCGCAGCCGGAUUCGUUGAUGCCGGCACCCGGUUCCAGUUCCGUGCAGCACCAGCAGCAGCAACAGCAGUCGGACGCCAGUGGGGGAUCAGGUCUCUUUGGCCACGAACCAUCGCUCCCGCUGGCGCACAAACAAAUGCAGAGUUACCAGCCAUCGGCCUCCUAUCAGCAGCAGCAGCAGCAACAGCAGCUCCAGAGUCAGGCGCCCGGCGGCGGUGGGAGCACUCCGCAGUCCAUGAUGCAGCCGCAGACGCCGCAGAGCAUGAUGGCCCACAUGAUGCCCAUGAGUGAGCGGAGUGUGGGCGGUUCGGGGGCCGGAGGUGGCGGAGAUGCCCUGAGCAACAUCCACCAGACGAUGGGCCCCUCCACGCCGAUGACACCAGCCACACCAGGUUCCGCUGAUCCCGGUAUUGUGCCACAACUUCAGAACAUCGUGUCCACGGUUAAUCUGUGCUGCAAACUGGACCUCAAGAAAAUAGCAUUGCAUGCGAGAAACGCCGAGUACAAUCCUAAGCGAUUUGCGGCUGUGAUUAUGCGAAUCCGAGAGCCCCGGACCACCGCCCUUAUUUUCAGCUCCGGCAAGAUGGUGUGCACAGGGGCAAAGAGUGAGGACGACUCCAGACUGGCAGCGAGAAAGUAUGCGCGCAUCAUCCAAAAGCUCGGUUUCCCUGCAAAGUUCCUCGACUUUAAGAUUCAAAACAUGGUCGGCUCCUGCGAUGUCAAGUUCCCCAUACGCUUGGAAGGCCUGGUGCUGACCCAUUGCAACUUCAGCAGCUACGAGCCUGAGCUAUUUCCCGGCUUAAUCUAUCGUAUGGUGCGACCUCGAAUCGUGCUCCUCAUCUUCGUGUCCGGAAAGGUGGUGCUCACUGGAGCAAAGGUGCGGCAGGAGAUCUACGAUGCCUUCGACAAGAUAUUCCCCAUUUUAAAGAAGUUCAAGAAGCAGUCAUAAAUAGGAUAGCGCUUUAUUAGUUCUGUACGUGUACGUUUUAAGGUCGGUAGUUCUGGAAGUCUGAUCAUAUGAGUGGGAGCAGCCUGGCGAGCAGCUCCGAUCGAGAAUAAACCACAAAGUAAUUUAGCUGUACGG